ACGCGGUGCUGGAUAAGCAGUCAGCUGAUAUUACCGGGUGAAACUUUCCAAUGGGAGCCCGUUCGCCGCUGUCUACGUGACAUCACCGCACCGCAUCCGUACCGACUGAACCGAGAGGCAUAAUUUUGUUCGUGGUUGCAGCUUCAGCGGUUUAUGGCCGACUUCAGCGACUAAAUAAUAAGACAACACUGAGACUGAAAUAAAACAGAGGAAUUAUCAGAGCAAUUCGCUGAAAAGAACCUCGUUUUUCUUUCAAAGUGUGCAGAUGAAUUACGAGCAGCCUCCCCCGUACACAGGGCCUGGCCCCACCGCUCCAGGAUACCCUCCUCAGGGAUACCCCGCACAGCCGUACCAAGGAUAUCCAGUCAAUACUGACCAGCCCAACCCUGGUUACCCAAACUACCCUCCUGGACCCCCUGGGCCAUACCCGGUGCAGCCGGGAUACCAGGGGUACCCACAACCACAGUAUGGAGGCCCAGGGUAUGGGGAACCUCCUAAAAACACUGUGUAUGUUGUGGAGCAGGGCAGGCGGGAGGAUUCCGGGGACCAGGCAUGUCUUACUGCAUGCUGGACGGCAUUGUGUUGCUGCUGCCUCUGGGACAUGUUGACCUAAGAUAAUGAAGAAACCACUGUGAGGCCCUCCUUCAUUUGGAAAGAUCUUUCACUCCACAAUUUAAUCCUUAUUUAUGUCCGACUACUGAAAAAGUAAUCGCGAAGCAAAUAGAGCACUGUUUUGGUUGUAGCGUUCAUUUCCAGUAGUCCAACUCCAUGGACUGCGUUCAUUUCCAGUAGUUUUUAUUCCUUUAAUGAUGCACGAUAUGCACUGAGAGACUGAUUACAUGCAUUGCUCUUAUUUGUAGAAGCAUAUUAAACAGAAUGUCUUUUAUUAUUUGUCUUUUGAAAAUAAACCAGAUGCCAUCUUUAUUAAUGAAUGCAAACAUUGCAAUUUUGCCUGUUUAUAGACCAGAUUUGAUAAUCGAAUAUGGCCUUGAAUGUUUGAUCUGUCUUAAUAUGUCAAUCAAGGAGAAAGUUUGUUUCUAUUAAAUAAAAUAAUGGGAAAUAAGACGUCA